UCCAGUUAGUUCAACUUCUGGGCGGCACCGCAAAACGCCGGCGACAUCAUGAGGAGAGCCUCUUGGGCUUGGCUACCGCUUCUGGCUUUCUAUCUUCCUGUGGCUUUCCUGACAGGGCGCUGGCAUGUGGAGCGCCUGUCGCCUAAAACGCGACGGGGCGCCAAAGCAGCGUAUCCAGAGCUGAGCAAUUUGGAAGAUCGCAUCUAUGAAAGUUGCGUGGUGAAGGAUUUAGAUGAGGAGAUGGAUUGCAUGGACGUUUACAGCAAUCUGGUGGAAGCUCAUUUCCAGGCACAGAAGGAAUGUGACGCCGAUAGUUCCAAAUGCGCGUUGCUGAGAGUGUUGGACCGUUUGGCAUGGGGCACCAAGGGCACUGAUGGGCUGCAGCUCCUGCAACAGCUGCGGCAGUCGGUUGAGGCCAUCUACCAGAUGCAUCAGAGCCAUUGGGUCGACGCGGUUGAAUCCCUGGACACAGACCAUGAUGGGGAGAUCUCAGAGGUGGAAUUCCGGGCUGCGCUGAGGAGGCUCAACCCAGGAAUCACUGAAGAGACCAGUGGCCAAAUCUUCCGUGCUGCUGAUUUGAACCUCGAUGGUGCGAUCGACGCGGAUGAGUUUGCAGACUUUCUCAAGGCAGGUGCCAUCGCGGGAGAACCUUUACAGAAGUUGAAGUUGCGUGGCGGAGAAUCGGCACAUCAGAAGAGCUCCGAAGCUUUGCUUCUGUGGGCCAUGCAUGGCAACAUGGAUGCAGAUGGACGGGAAGAGCGGGUCCUUCCCUUGGUGGAACUGCGAGAUCUUCACCGUUGAGG